AUGGACAAAAUCCCUGAGCAUCGCACGCAGAACUUCAAGGCCAAGAGUGCCUUCAAGCCCGAGGAACUGAGACGUAACCGUAACGAACUCAAUGUCGAGCUCCGUAAACAGAAGCGUGAGGAGAACCUUUCCAAGCGCCGCAAUCUUGCUAUUGCUGCCGAGUCGGAGGAGUCCGAGGACGAGGGCGUUGCCGCUGCCAACAUCCAGUUCCAUGAGCAACUCCCUGCCAUGAUUCAGGGAGUCAUGUCGGAAAACGUUGAAGACCAGCUUGGCGCCACCACCCGCUUCCGUAAGCUGCUCUCCAAGGAGCGUAACCCCCCUAUCGAUGAAGUUAUCCGCUGCGGCGUCGUUCCUAGAUUUGUUGAGUUCUUGCGCUCUCCUCAUGCUGUCGUUCAGUUUGAGGCUGCCUGGGCUUUGACCAAUAUCGCUUCUGGCUCCUCAGUCCAGACCCAGUACGUCAUUGAGGCAGGAGCCGUCCCUCUCUUUGUCGAGUUGUUGAGCAGCCCUGUUGCUGAUGUUAAGGAGCAGGCUGUUUGGGCUCUUGGAAAUAUUGCAGGAGAUAGCCCCCGUUGCCGUGACAUUGUUCUUCGUGAGAACGCAUUGAUGCCUCUGCUCGCCCUUCUUCACGAGAACAACAAACUGUCCAUGCUUCGCAACGCAACCUGGACGCUUUCUAACUUUUGUCGUGGCAAGAACCCUCCCCCAGACUGGGGUCUGAUCUCCCCUGCCCUCAGCGUUCUUGCCAAGCUGAUUCAUUCCACCGAUGACGAGGUGUUGAUCGAUGCCUGCUGGGCCAUGUCUUAUCUAUCGGACGGAACUAACGAGAAGAUCCAGGCUGUUAUUGAGUCUGGUGUCUGUCGCCGCCUUGUCGAGUUGCUCAUGCACCAGAUGGCGUCUGUCCAAACGCCUGCCCUUCGUUCGGUCGGAAACAUUGUCACCGGUGACGAUGUCCAGACCCAGGUUAUUAUCAACUGCGGUGCUCUUCAGGCCCUGCUCGCCCUUCUCUCUAGCCCCAAGGAUAACAUUCGCAAGGAGGCUUGCUGGACCAUCUCCAACAUCACUGCAGGAACCUGCGUCCAGAUCCAGAGCGUCAUUGAUGCCAACAUCAUCCCUCCCCUGAUCAAUAUUCUCCAGAACGCCGACUUCAAGACCAAAAAGGAGGCAUGCUGGGCCAUCUCCAACGCUACCUCUGGCGGUUUGAGCAAGCCCGAUCAGAUCAAGUAUCUUGUCAGCCAGGGAUGCAUCAAGCCCCUGUGCGAUAUUCUGAUUUGCAUGGACAACAAAAUCAUCCAAGUUGCAUUGGAUGGAUUGGAGAACAUUCUGAAGGUCGGGGAGAUGGAGAAGGAGGCGACCAACGGCGUGAAUCAGUUCAGUCUGUAUAUUGAGGACUGCGGCGGCAUGGAGAAGAUUCAUAAUUUGCAGGCGCACGACAAUACCGAGAUCUACAAGAAAGCCUAUACUAUCAUCGACAGGUAUUUUGCCGAGGAGGACGAUGAGGACACUGGCUUAGCUCCUCAGGUCGAUGCACAGACCGGUGCUUUCGCUUUCCAGGCCGCCGGUGCUCCUCAGGGCGGCUUCAACUUCGAUCCCAACAGCAUGCAGUAA